CAAAAAUUGUUAAAGUGGAUUUUGCCAGACCAAAAUGAACAAUUUACCAAUUAUUUUGGCUGUUGUACAACAGCAAAAUCUUAAGUUGAACCAGCUUUUAUUGGCAGCCAAUUCAGAGGAGUGGAAUGACGACGAAUUGGAUUUGUACGAAAGCAUUUUUUCUGCAAAAGAGCAAAUGCCACGAAGUGUGUGGAUGCUGAAUCGAUACGGGACAUUUUGGGAAAAGGAUAUACCGGAAAACAACGACGAGUUCUUCAAAGAGAGCUUUCGUAUGGAGAAGAGGACCUUUUCGUUUUUGGUGGACCGACUUGGUGUUUUGCGGAAGAAGGACACCAACUGGCGAAAUGCCAUUCCUCUUGAAAAGCGGAUCGCUAUAGCCUUGUACACCUUGGGAUCAUCAGCGGAAUAUCUUUCCAUCGGAAGGCUUUUUGGAGUUGCACAGAACACUGCUGCAUUUUGCACAACAUUUUAAAUGAGCACAACAGCGCUAUAAAUGAAACUUGGCAACAGGCUGCAAAUGACCUACGCGAACAACCAAAUCGGACUAAUAUGUCUGCU